GACAGAUGGGGGUCGCGGCGAGCGCUUGUUUUGUAUAAAGGUGUAUUGUUGAAUUUUAUAAUCUGUCAGACAGUUUGCGGUGCGUAAGGAAAGUAAAUUGUGAAAUAUCAAGUUCGCUACAGUUUGCAAGAUUCGAAUUAACUCGAAAAGUCGAAAAGGAGCAUCUUCGAGUGCGUGUGUUGUGUGUGUGUGGUGUGAAUUGAUUCGAUCCUAACCUCCUGCUCGUCGAGCAAAGAAAAGGCAUCAAAAUUUGCGACUCAGAUGCAAAUGAGAACGAGAAGAUGUGGGACUCGGCUAUGUUCUUGAGCACUCUCACGCCCAAGUUCUAUGUGGCACUCACCGGCACUUCGUCUCUCAUCUCUGGGCUCAUCCUGAUCUUCGAAUGGUGGUACUUUCGCAAGUAUGGAACAUCCUUCAUCGAGCAGGUCUCACUCAAUCACAUCAGUCCAUGGAUCAGUGGAGUUGAUAGCAACGAGAGCGGUGGUAAUGGUAGCAGCAAUGGUAGUGGAGGUUCAGGAGGCAGCAGCGGUGGAGGAGGAGCAGGAGGUGGUGGAAGUGGAGGCAGCAGUGGAGGAUCAGCUGGGACGAACGGAGGUGGGCAGCAAAGCAACGUGCCCGAAUGUAAGGUUUGGAGGAAUCCGUUGAACCUGUACAGAGGAGCAGAAUAUCAGAGAUUCUAUUGGGCGACGAACAAGGAGCCGCUCACCUAUUACGAUAUGAAUCUGUCGGCGCAAGAUCACCAGACGUUCUUCACCUGCGAAACGGAUGCGGGUAAAGCAGAGUACGAGAUAAUGCAGACGGCUUGGAGGGAGAGGAAUCCGGUGGUGAGGAUAAAGGCGGCUCAUAGCGCUCUGGAGAGGAACCCCGAGUGCGCUCCUGCCUACAUCCUGCUAGCCGAGGAGGAGGCGACGACGAUCACCGAGGCCGAGAAGAUACUGAAACAAGCGAUCAAGGUGGCCGAAGUGAAUUACAGGAAAUCGCAGGGCACUCAGCAUCAUGGACCGCUGAUGGAGGCGCAGCAUAGGCGAGACGUGAACGUGCUGAUCUACAUCAAGAGGAGGUUGGCGAUGUGCGCGCGUAAACUGGGCAAACUGAAGGAGGCCGUCAAGAUAUUCAGGGAUCUGACGAAGGAGGUGCCGCCCAUAAUGAACGUGCUGAACAUACACGAGAAUCUGAUCGAGGUGCUGCUCGAGAUGCAGGCGUACGGCGACGUUCAAGCGGUACUUGCCAAGUACGACGACAUCUCUCUGCCCAAGUCGGCGACGAUCUGCUACACGGCUGCGCUCCUGAAGGCGCGACUCGUCGCCGACAAGUUCUCACCGGACAUCGCGAGCAAAAGGGGUCUCAACGCAGCCGAGGUGACGGCCGUCGAGGCCAUCCACAGAGCGGUCGAAUUCAAUCCGCACGUACCCAAAUAUCUGCUCGAGAUGAAACCGCUCAUCCUCCCACCUGAGCACGUUCUGAAGCGAGGCGACUCUGAGGCCAUCGCCUACGCCUUCUUCCACCUGCAGCACUGGAAGAACAUGGAGGGUGCGUUGAAUCUGCUGCACUGCACCUGGGAGGGCACCUUCCGCAUGCUUCCGUAUCCGUUGGAGAGAGGUCACCUCUUCUAUCCGUAUCCGACGUGCACCGAGUGCGCAGAUCGUGAGCUGCUGCCCGCUUUCCACGAGGUCUCCGUCUAUCCGAAGAAGGAACUUCCUUUCUUCAUCAUCUUCACCGCCGGUCUCUGCUCUUUCACCGCUCUACUUGCCCUCCUCACCCAUCAGUAUCCUGAACCUAUGGGAUACAUCGCCAAGUCUCUCAUCAAUUGGCUCUCUCUUCCACUCUACUACGUCUACGAGAAGAUCGAGAGUUUCGUUCCACCCAAUCUCUUGCAGCAGCUCUCUCGCAUCUAAACAAACAAACAAACACACUUUUAUCGUAUUAUCAUUAUUACUACUAAUUACUUACUACUUCUCUAUUACAAUUAUCAUCAUUAUCAUUAUUUAAACUGUAUUUAACGACCGGUUCUCGUCUCAAACAAAUCAAAAUAGUUGAUUGCAGCAUUUGCAAAUAUUUGUAUUCGAGAGUUACAACAAAAAUCUCUUAAU